CUAUAGUUCUCUCUCUGAAGGCUGCGCCACAUCCGAAUGUCAUAUUCGUAUUGGGAGUGCGGAAACGGAAGAAGCACGAGGACGUCCAGUAAUUGACUAGAAGUGCGUACACGAGCGCAACGCCCUGCGGUGUGCCUGCACGUGCCUAGACGUCAUCGUCUCUCGCUCGUGCAGCUGUGGAAAGACUGAAAAUGAGGUCGAGGCUUUCACUGCUUGGGCAUAGACUGUUAUUUCGCCUACACAGCACUGGCAUCGCGUCCGUCUCUCAACCGACGGUAACCUCUUCUUCUCACGACGACGACGAGGAGCGAAUCAAGCAGCUCGUGUUGGACUACUCGAACUACAGCCCGUCGCCGCUUUCAAUAAAGCAGCUGACCGAUUUUGGAAAGACAGCCAAUGUCUCUCAGUCAUUCAAUUUCUUACGCAAAGAAAUGCCUAUACGGUUAGCUGCAACAUUGCUGGAAUUUGAUCUUCUCCCUGAAAAAUUGGCUGAGACACGCUAUGUGUCUAUUGUCAAGAAUUGGUAUAAGCAAAGUUUUAAGGACUUGAUGCAAUUCAGAGACAAGGGUGAGAACGAUUUGGCUGCAGCAGAAUGGUUUACUAGAGUCGCUGCCGGGAUCAAGCAACGUCACGCCAAUGUAGUGGAAACGAUGGCUCAGGGAAUUAAUGAGAUGAAAGAAAAGUACGGAGAGCAUACAGUUGACACAUAUCGAGCUGAAAUUCAGUACUUUUUGGACCGCUUUUACAUGAACAGGAUCAGCAUGAGACUGCUCCUUUCACAACACGUGGCAUUGUUUGCUGAUGAAGAGACCGAUGGUCACAAUGUUGGCAUUAUUGAUACUCACUGUAACGUUGUUUCAGUAAUACAAGAUGCUGCAACUAAUGCUCGAAGACUAUGCGAAUCUUACUACAGCGUGGCACCUGCAGUAACUUUCAGAACUAUUGGUAGUCCAGGUGAUGGCAUGACUGUUGCCUACGUGGCGAGCCAUCUCUUUCACAUCAUGUUCGAACUGUUAAAGAACUCAUGCAGAGCUGUUGUGGAGCAUCACAGUAGCAGUGACUACUUGCCUGCCAUAGAAGUGAUGGUCACAAAAGGAAAAGAAGACAUAUGCAUUAAGGUAUCAGACCAGGGAGGAGGAAUAAACCGUAGUGCCUUGCACAAGCUUUUUCACUACCACUACUCUACGGCACCUCAGCCCGAUGCUAAUCUUACGGCCAUCAUUGCACCACUGGCUGGUUAUGGGUAUGGUCUUCCGUUGUCUCGUAUUUAUGCUCGAUAUUUCACCGGCGACUUGUUGGUGACCUCGAUGAAAGGGUACGGGACAGAUGUUCACGUUUAUCUCAAGAAAUUGUCUUCACAUGCUAAGGAGGUUUUACCUCUGUAUGGAACAACUGCAAAGCAGCAGUAUAAACAUAAAGACUUGCCUCCUGACUGGAGCUCAGCUACACAUGGUGGGUCCAGCCACAGGCGUUUUUCAACAUUCAUCGACUUGAUGGACGUAUGAGCAUUAAAGUGUGAGGAUGGGAGUGAAACUCGUGUACAUAAUAUGGACUUGUUGUUGGUCGAAUAGAAAGGAUGACACACUGGUUACAUAGAGCGACGUCUGGUCAAUAUGUAGAGUAGCGAUGUAUGCUGGUAUACGUACUGUAUAUUCACAGAAUGUAGAUCAUA